UGAGUUUAUCUCAUUCGACAUUCAUACUUUAGAGAUGGUCGAAGCCAUGAAGAAAGUCGCCAGGUUAGAUGUGGAACUGACUGUGGAGGAGAGGAAUCUGGUAUCUGUGGGAUAUAAGAAUGUGAUUGGGGCUAGGAGGGCCUCGUGGCGGAUUUUGUCUUCCAUCGAACAGAAGGAGGAGGCCAAGGGGAAUGAACAAAAUGUGAAGAGGAUUAAGGAGUACAGGCAGAGGGUUGAAGAUGAGCUUGCAAAGAUAUGCAACGACAUAUUGUCAGUCAUUGACAAGCACCUCGUUCCGUCAUCUACCACUGGAGAAUCAACUGUUUUUUACUAUAAGAUGAAAGGAGAUUAUUACCGUUACUUAGCUGAGUUCACAUCUAGUGAGGACCGUAAGGAAGCUGCAGAUCAGUCACUUAAGGCUUAUGAGGCUGCUACAUCUACAGCAAGUUCAGAAUUGCCCCCUACUCAUCCAAUCAGACUUGGCCUGGCUCUGAACUUUUCUGUUUUCUACUAUGAGAUUUUGAAUUCACCCGAGAGGGCUUGCCACCUGGCUAAACAAGCAUUUGAUGAGGCUAUUGCAGAACUUGAUAGCCUCAAUGAAGAAUCCUACAAGGACAGCACACUUAUUAUGCAGCUUCUCAGGGACAAUCUCACUUUAUGGACCUCAGAUCUGCCUGAUGAUGGAGGGGAGCAAGCUAAGGGGGAUGAAGUUCAAGCAGAGAGUAUGCAGAGUUAGUCGGAAUGGAAAGAGCAGGAGCUUCAGGAGGGGAAAUGGAGCUGGAGUGACCAGACAUCCUUUUCUAGUAGUAGUGGUACUGGUAUAGGGAUUUUAAGACCAUUUGCUUGUAACUAUCUGUUGUGUUCAAAGAUGUUUUAAGACUACUGUAAUUUGUUAUUUUCUUUUCAAACAUAAUUGAAGUUGCUACUUCCAUGCUAUUCAAAUUUUAGCUUCCUAAA